ACCUCCACGAACAACCCUAGCAAUGGCGUUCCAAGACUUUGGGCUGUUAUCGGAACGUCGAAAGGCUGAAAGAAAACAGAAGCUUAAAAAGAGGAUCACGAUUGGGGUAGCUGUGGGCUUCAUUCUUUUCAUCCUCGUUGCUUCCGGGGUUAUGAUCGUCUCUAAAUCCAAAGAUAAUAAUAGCAACAACAAGAAUCAGAACGAUGGGGAUGGGAAUGGGAAUGGGAAUGGGAAUAAAAACGAAGGUGAAUCAAGCAGCAGCAAUGACAUAGCAAAAUGGAGUAAGGCAAUCAAGAUGAUAUGCGCACCUACGGAUUACAGGAAAGCAUGCGUCUCCAGCUUGUCUAAAGUGGAGAACAAUUCCAGCUAUUCUGCUUCUCGGCCUUUGGAUCUCCUCAAGGCAGCCAUAACGGUGAUCGUGGACGAGGUGGGGAAGGCCGUCGACACCUCUUCCCGUUUUAAAUUCAGCAAUCCUGCGGAGAAGGAUGCAUUCGAGGACUGUAAGGUACUCCUUGCGGAUGCCAAGGAAGAGUUACUGGACUCCAUCUCCCAAGUGGGCAAUGGCACCAACGUCAAAAAUCUCCCCACAAAGUCACACGACCUCAACAAUUGGUUGAGUGCUGUGAUCUCCUACCAGCAGACCUGCAUCGAUGGGUUUCCUGACGGCGACUUGAAAUCUAAGAUGCAGAAGACCUUGGAUUCUGUCAGGAAACUGACCAGCAAUGCCCUUGCCAUCGUCUCCGAGGUGAACUCCUUCUUCUCUGUCCUGCAGGUUCCGGGAUUCGGAGGUCACCGUCGUCUUAUGGGGCACCAGGAGAAGCUCACCACCACCACCUCCUCCUCCUCCUUGACGACACAAUAUGAUGAGGAUGGUCUUCCAAUUUGGAUGUCACUUGAGCAUCGGAGGAUGCUCAGAGGGAAGGGCGCCUCCUCCAAGCCAAAGCCUAAUGCUGUGGUGGCCAAGGACGGGAGUGGACAAUUUAAGACCAUUUCAGAGGCAUUGUUGGCCAUGCCUAAAGCAUACACUGGACGAUACGUGAUAUAUGUGAAGCAAGGGAUGUAUGACGAGACUGUGACUGUGACGAAGAAUAUGGUAAACGUUACCAUGUACGGAGACGGAUCGAGAAAAACAAUCGUCACAGGAAACAAGAACUUUGUUGAUGGCGUUAGGACCUUCCAGACUGCGUCCUUCGUGGCAUUAGGAGAGGGUUUCAUAGGACAAGCCAUGGGAUUCAGGAACACGGCGGGUCCACAAAAGCAUCAGGCAGUGGCCCUUAGAGUGCAAGCUGACCGUUCAAUUUUCCUCAAUUGUAGGAUGGAGGGUUAUCAAGACACACUAUAUGCUCAAACUCACAGGCAGUUCUAUAAAAGCUGUGUCAUAUCUGGCACCGUGGACUUCAUUUUUGGAGAUGCAACUGCAAUAUUCCAGAAUUGCUUGAUCUUGAUCAGGAAACCCUUAGACAACCAACAAAAUAUCGUCACAGCACAAGGAAGGGUCGACAAGCGUGAGACCACCGGAAUUGUCCUCCAAAAUUGCCGCAUCCAACCAGAUACAGACCUCGAACCCGUCAAAGCAAAUUUCAAAAAUUACUUAGGGCGGCCAUGGAAGGAGUAUUCCAGGACCAUAGUCAUGGAAUCAACGAUCGGUGAUCUUAUCCAUCCAGAUGGUUGGUUACCCUGGCAGGGAGACUUCGCUCUCAACACUUUGUUUUAUGCUGAAUACAAUAACAAAGGACCGGGAGCUAGCCUUAGUGCCAGAGUCAAGUGGCCUGGCUAUAAGGUUAUUACCAAGAAGGAAGCCCAACUCUACACUGUGGAGCCUUUCUUGCAAUCAAACUGGAUCAAGGCCACAGGAACCCCUGUUAAAGUAGGCUUCUUUGCUUGA